AUGGCUUGUGAGUAUCAAUCAAUAAAACGAAGACGAAGUCAUUUUAUUAUUACGUUCAAUUAUUUAGUUUAUGGUUCGAUUUUUUCAAACGAAUCGUCAUGGGCUGAUGGACGACAAUUUCGUCCAGCUCGUCAUAUCGCUUGUCCACAACGAUUGAAAUAUAUUCAUAAUAUCAAAGAUGGGUAUAUUCCGUAUGUUGAAGAUUCAGCGUAUGUUAAUCCAUCAACAAACGAUGCUUCAGUCAAAAAAACCAAUCGUUUGGGUCUAUAUAAUGCGAUGCAUGAUUGGCGUCAAGAACUGAUGGGAUUAGCUCGGCAAGUACAAUCAUCUUUAGUACUUCUUAAUGAAGGUCAACAAACUCGACCAAAGCGUUCAUCUCGAUCCCACUAUAGACGAGCAAAUAGUUCUAUGCCAAAUCAUCAUUUGGAGCAAAUAAGUGAAGAAAGUACUCCAAAACGAUCACCCAAUCGCCAUCAAACUGCACGUUAUUCGCUGCCAAUUCUAGCAAAGCCUAAACUAUCUAUUGCUUUGAAUGAACAAGAAUCAUCAAAUAUUAAUGAAAAUCAAGAUCCCGGUAUAUGGUUACUUCCAAUUCUUUGUCAUAUAUUACAUGUUGAUAAUAUCAGUGAAGCACAAGAUUGGCUUGUCAAUGCUAAUAUUACUGAAAAACGUUUAGCAAUGGAAUUAAUUAGUCGAACAAUGCAAGAUAUGCAAAAUAAUGACACUCCAUGCAUACCUGAUUUGCCGACUAGUGAUCAAACUGUAACAUCAACAAAUUCAAACAACAUCUAUUGGCCAUACAAAUUAUGGCAACAUCAACAACAAUCGAAAUUAACUAUUGAGAAUAAUGAUACAUGUGAACGAGCAACAUCGCCAGUUCGAAUUCUUAUACCAGGUAAACGAUUAACAACAUCAAGUACAAAUGAUAGAUUAUCAACGGCUUCUGCAUUCAUUCGAUCGAAUCAAAAUCUGCAAGCAAGCACAAUAUCGCAUGUACCAGACAUAUGGCGUCCCUCUACAAGAUUAUUAACACCAAUGACAGCGAAUAAUAGUGAUCGUGCAUCUCGUCGUAGUUAUCGUAUAACUACAACUGCAAGCGUUUCUACAGAUAAUGCUAAUAAGAUUUUAUCGGCAAAUUUACGUGGCAAAACUCCACUUGUCUGA